CCUCCGCCCCCCGCCGCUGUCUCCAUCUCUCCAUCUCUGAGCUGCUAGCCGGCUGCGCCAUCCGCGCACCCAGACUCCGGCACCGGCCGAGAACCCCGACUCUUGCUUGAAGACCCUGACCCAGAGAGACCGCAGGCAUGUCAUCAGAAAAGUCAGGUCUCCCGGACUCAGUCCCUCACACCUCCCCGCCCCCGUACAAUGCCCCCCAGCCCCCGGCGGAACCCCCUGCCCCGCCCCCACAGGCAGCCCCUGCCUCGCACCAUCACCACCACCACCACUACCACCAGUCGGGCACCGCCACCCUCCCACGCUUGGGGGCCGGCGGCCUGGCGUCUUCCGCGGCUACCGCUCAGCGCGGUCCCUCUUCCUCCGCCACUCUGCCGCGUCCCCCACAUCACGCCCCGCCCGGCUCCACCUCCGGGGCGCCCCCACCCGGCUGCGCUACCUUGCCCCGCAUGCCACCCGACCCUUACCUGCAGGAGACCCGCUUCGAGGGCCCACUGCCCCCGCCGCCGCCCGCCGCCGCCGCCCCGCCCCCACCGGCGCCCGCCCAGACUGCCCAGGCCCCGGGCUUCGUGGUGCCCACGCACGCGGGGACGGUGGGCACACUGCCGCUGGGGGGCUACGUGGCUCCCGGCUACCCGCUGCAGCUGCAGCCCUGCACUGCCUACGUGCCGGUCUACCCUGUGGGCACGCCGUACGCAGGCGGGACCCCGGGGGGGACGGGGGUCACCUCUACGCUUCCCCCGCCGCCCCAGGGUCCAGGGCUGGCCCUUCUGGAGCCGAGGCGUCCGCCGCACGACUACAUGCCCAUAGCGGUGCUGACCACUAUCUGCUGUUUCUGGCCUACGGGCAUCAUCGCGAUCUUCAAGGCAGUGCAGGUACGCACGGCCUUGGCCCGCGGAGACAUGGUUUCGGCCGAGAUCGCCUCACGCGAAGCCCGGAACUUCUCCUUCAUCUCCCUGGCCGUGGGCAUCGCGGCCAUGGUUCUCUGUACCAUCCUCACCGUAGUCAUCAUCAUUGCCGCGCAGCAUCACGAGAACUACUGGGAUCCCUAAGGAGGCCCCGGGCCCGGCCCCACCCUGCAUCCCCUGACCUCCCAGGUGCGUUCUGCUGUUACGCCGCGGACCCACUGUGCGCCCUGCACACCCGCCUCUGGGGCCGCCGGACUUCGAUACAUCCUAAACUCGGC